AAGAGCAAGCGUGCAGUACGAUUUUACUAUUGUGUUGCUUUUAUAGCGGAAACAAUAAAAUGCAACAAAUCAAUUCUUUGGAAAGGGCAUUUACAGUACUUACUUAUUUUUUAUCAUCAAAGGAAUUUUCACACAUUGACAAUCAAAAGUUUUGCAAUGAAUUAGAUGGUCCUUUAAUUGAGAACAUAGAUGAUCUUAUAUUACUGGGAAAUAAACAUGAGCAAACAUUGGGUGGUAUAGCCGACAGUCUAUUGCAAAUUGAAAACGAUCUGAAGUAUAAUACACACAUAUCUAUAGUGCCUGGGCAGCAGAAACCAAUGCUAGGACAGCCAUAUAAUUGCAGUGAUAAAGUGUCCGGUAUACUAUUUUGUGAGGACAACAGAUAUUCAAAAAACCUGCUUUUAAUAGGAAGCGGUAAAAGAUGGCAAUUAUUCGAAUCUGUUGAACAAUUGCGCAAGGACGUGGUCUGCACAAAAGAUUGCAUAAAAUAUAGUAGUCAGUUUUUCAUUGGCCUGAAUGAAAUGAAGAAGUUGUUUAGUGCAAAUUCAUAUGGGGUUCUCCUUGUUUUCAUAGAUGAAGAUGAUAUAGAGCAUUUUGUUUAUGUUUCGGAUGCCAAUGUGGAUGGAAAAAAAAUUGUGGCUACGGAUAUUCAAAGUAGUAUGACGAAUUUUAACUUGCCCGAUUUGGGAAAGAGUAAAACACUUGCGACACAGAGGAUUAAGAGUUGGAAAUUAUUUUUGAAAAAAAAGUACUAAGCAAAAUGCGCUUGCUCAGUUUGUCGUGGAAAUUUAAGUAAUCAAUUGUUUGUUAAAUGAAAUAUUGAAUUAACUAAAAUGUUGAUUAUCCAAAACUA